AUGGGAAGGAAACACACAGUACAGCGUGCACUGGGUACAUGGAAUUCUCAUAAGCCAACAACCAAACUCUUCAUUGAUGGGAAGUUUGUUGAAUCCAAAACUACUGAAUGGAUUGAUAUCCACAACCCGGCCACAAAUGAAGUGGUUGGCCGUGUACCAAAAGCCACAGCCAGUGAGAUGGAAGCAGCUGUGGCUUCUUGCAAAAAGGCUUUUUGGAACUGGUCAGAAACAUCUGUUUUGAGUCGCCAGCAAAUAUUCCUGCGUUAUCAACAACUCAUCAAAGACAAUCUGAAAGAAAUUUCAAAACUCAUCACCUUUGAGCAAGGGAAGACCCUGGCUGAUGCUGAGGGAGAUGUGUUCCGAGGCCUCCAGGUGGUUGAACAUGCUUGCAGUGUGACAUCCCUCAUACUGGGAGAGACCAUGCCCUCCAUCACUAAAGACAUGGACACUUACACUUACCGUCUGCCUCUGGGCGUGUGUGCUGGAAUUGCACCCUUCAAUUUCCCAGCCAUGAUUCCUCUUUGGAUGUUCCCCAUGGCUAUGGUUUGCGGAAACACCUUCUUGAUGAAACCAUCUGAGCGUGUACCAGGAGCACUCAUGUUCCUUGCCAAGCUGUUUCAGGAUGCUGGUGCCCCCGAUGGGACCCUUAAUAUCAUCCAUGGACAACAUGAAGCUGUGAAUUUCAUUUGUGACCAUCCGGAUAUCAGAGCAAUCAGCUUUGUGGGAUCUAAUCAGGCUGGCGAGUACAUCUAUGAGAGAGGAUCCCGGAAUGGCAAGAGAGUCCAGGCCAACAUGGGAGCCAAGAACCAUGGUGUGGUGAUGCCUGACGCCAAUAAAGAGAACACCUUGAACCAGCUGGUUGGAGCUGCUUUUGGAGCAGCUGGCCAGCGCUGCAUGGCCCUGUCUACAGCAAUUCUAGUGGGAGAAGCUCAGAAAUGGCUGCCAGAGCUUGUGGACAGAGCCAAAAAUCUACGUGUAAAUGCAGGAGACCGGCCUGGAGCAGAUCUAGGCCCUCUAAUCAGUCCCCAGGCUAAGGAACGGGUUUGCCAUCUGGUUGAGAAAGGAGUGAAAGAAGGUGCCAGCCUUCUUCUGGAUGGACGUAAUAUCAAAGUGAAGGGCUAUGAAAAUGGCAAUUUUGUUGGGCCCACGAUCCUUGCCAAUGUGAAGCCAAACAUGACUUGCUACAAGGAGGAAAUCUUUGGGCCCGUCUUAGUGGUUCUGGAGGCAGACACUUUGGAUGAUGCCAUUGAGAUAGUGAACAAUAACCCCUACGGAAAUGGAACUGCAAUCUUCACCACCAAUGGAGCCACAGCUCGGAAAUACUCUCACUUAGUAGAUGUGGGGCAGGUUGGUGUCAACGUUCCAAUCCCAGUACCUCUGCCCAUGUUCUCUUUCACUGGCUCUCGUGCUUCUUUCAGAGGGGACACCAAUUUCUAUGGCAAGCAGGGAGUGCAGUUCUACACACAGCUGAAAACUAUCAUUUCUCAAUGGAAAGAGGAAGAUGCCACCGUUACCAAGCCUGCUGUGGUUAUGCCAACUAUGGGAAACUAAAUCAGGCUUUGGAGAUGCUGUUCCUGGUGCCCUUUUCCUUCUGUGCUGCACUUCCCAGCUUUGUCCUAUCAUCAUUGCCUUGGGAAUGAAUAGAAAGCUCCAUU